CCUUUUGUCCUACGUAAGGUGGGGCUGGUCGGUCGGAUGGUCAGUUACACAUUAUCAUCCUGGGUAGAUGGGGAGGAGUUAUUGAUGUGCGGCAGGGCUUGUAUGCAGUGUCUCCUCUCGAGCUGAAUGAUUGGCUUUCCUCUUCCCAGCCCAGAACUCCGAUCGACCAAACACAUUUAACCCCUUUGUUACCAACAACAAAGCUUGUUACCAAGGUGUUCGCUAAUCCUAUAAAUACAGACGAGCCGCCACCAGGACACACAAGCAAGAUUUCUGUCGCAGAUCCUUAACGUCGGCCUGAAGAAACUGCAACAAUGCGUGAAUGUAUCUCUGUCCACGUCGGCCAGGCAGGUGUCCAGAUGGGCAAUGCAUGCUGGGAACUGUACUGCCUGGAACAUGGGAUCCAGCCUGAUGGACAGAUGCCCAGUGAUAAGACAAUCGGAGGGGGAGAUGACUCCUUCAACACCUUCUUCAGUGAGACUGGAGCUGGUAAACACGUUCCUCGUGCAGUUUUUGUAGACCUGGAGCCAACCGUCAUCGACGAGGUCCGCACAGGUACCUACCGCCAGCUGUUCCACCCUGAGCAGCUGAUCACAGGCAAGGAGGACGCUGCCAACAACUAUGCCCGUGGUCACUACACCAUUGGCAAGGAGAUCAUCGACCUGGUACUCGACCGGACGCGCAAACUGGCUGACCAGUGCACUGGGCUCCAGGGCUUCCUGAUCUUCCACAGCUUUGGAGGCGGCACCGGUUCUGGGUUCACCUCCCUGCUGAUGGAACGUCUCUCUGUCGACUAUGGGAAGAAGUCCAAGCUUGAGUUUGCCAUCUAUCCAGCUCCCCAGGUGUCCACUGCUGUGGUGGAGCCUUACAACUCCAUCCUGACCACCCACACCACCCUGGAGCACUCGGACUGUGCCUUCAUGGUGGACAAUGAGGCCAUCUAUGAUAUCUGCCGCAGGAACCUGGACAUUGAGCGCCCCACCUACACCAACCUCAACAGGCUGAUUGGUCAGAUCGUCUCCUCCAUCACCGCCUCCCUGCGCUUUGACGGGGCCCUAAAUGUGGACCUGACAGAGUUCCAGACCAACUUGGUGCCCUACCCCCGUAUCCACUUCCCUCUGGCUACCUAUGCUCCAGUCAUCUCUGCUGAGAAGGCCUAUCACGAGAUGCUAUCAGUGGCUGAGAUCACCAACGCCUGCUUUGAGCCAGCCAAUCAGAUGGUGAAAUGUGACCCACGUCACGGCAAGUACAUGGCCUGCUGCCUGCUCUACCGUGGUGAUGUUGUGCCGAAAGAUGUCAACUCUGCCAUCGCCACCAUCAAGACCAAGCGCACCAUCCAGUUUGUAGACUGGUGUCCCACUGGCUUCAAGGUCGGUAUCAACUACCAGCCACCCACAGUGGUCCCUGGAGGAGAUCUGGCCAAGGUCCAGAGAGCUGUGUGUAUGCUGAGCAACACCACCGCCAUCGCUGAGGCCUGGGCCAGGCUUGACCACAAGUUUGACCUGAUGUACGCAAAGAGAGCCUUUGUGCACUGGUAUGUGGGAGAGGGCAUGGAGGAGGGAGAGUUCUCAGAGGCCAGAGAAGACAUGGCAGCCCUGGAGAAGGAUUAUGAAGAGGUGGGUACUGACAGUGUAGGGGACGAGGGGGAGGAGGAGGGAGAGGAAUACUAAAAAGUAGUCAACUGGUAAAGAACAACAUCUGUGAAGAACAACAGGGAAUGAAGAGGAGGAUGCGGGGGUGGAAGUGUAGAAUGUUAAGAUCUAUAAUCUCAGCUUUACAACAUGAAUGUUGAAACUACACAAUUCUAUGAUUGUCAGCCAGAUACAGUUUUGACCAAAUCGAGAAUAGUAACAAUAAUUUGUAACCAUCUAUUUCUUUGGAUAUGAAUCCUCUGUGAAAAAAUAAAGCAUUCAUUAUCAACGCCCAAAA